UGGGUUUAAGUAUUAUUUUAGAAAUCAUAAAAAUAUUUACCCGUUAUGAAUAGUACAAAGUGUUUUAUCUCGAUUUUUGUUAAGCGACCGCAAAAAUGAUAAGAACUCUGUGUGUGCCAUAGAGUAAAAAAUACUCCUAUAAAGCGUGCGAGUGUGUUAUCAACAUAGACAAUAUUUAUCAUAUCGUUACGCGCUGUGUGCAGCUCACAGUGUAAUAUUGUGUCAUGCGUGUUUCGCAUUGGUGUUUUUUUAACUAUUUUUAAGACUAUGCUGUGGACCAGGUUUCUUAUUUUGUUUUAAAUUUUUUCAUUUUAUUUCUAAUAAUUGACGAUGCUUAAGAGAUUUACAGCGAGCGCUCUAUAUGCGAUUCGUUUGCCGAUUAACUGGCAACCAUCGUCUAACGUUUGUCUUUGUCAGACUUUGGAAUUCAAGAAAAAUAAAUUGGAGAUUGACAAUGAAGUCGCUCUGAAAAAGAUUAGACCUAAAACAGUGCCGCAGCCAAAAAUUACACUGUUGGGACUAGAAAAUGAUGUAUCUGUAGUAACAAUGGAUGUAGCGUCUAAGAUGUGUGAAAGACGAGGCCUGAAAUUGGUUAAAAUUAUUGAUAUUGACACUAAAACACAGCGACCUGUGUACCAAAUGAUGACGGCCAAUCAAUUCCUUAAGGAGGAUCAUAAGAACGAGAAAAGUCAUAAUCAACUUAAAAAGGAAAAAACAGUAUUAAUAAAUUGUCGUAUCGGCCAGGGUGAUUUAGAAUCAAAAGCUAAUAAUAUCCAUAAAUGGCUAUCUAAGAUGCAUGAAGUAAGAAUUACGAUCACUGGUGAUACAGCUAAUGAGAUUGCUGAUAAAGUCAUCAAAAUGACUCAAGACUAUUCAAGAGUUGUUCAAAGACGAGAAAAAGGAGAUACUGUCAAAUUUCAGUUGUUACCUUUAAAAAAAUCUUGAGUCUUAAAAUUUUAGCCACAUGUGCCUAUUUUUAAAUUUUAGAUUACCUUAAAUUUAAAUUGAUUGUAAUUGUUAUAUUUAGCUUAUAAAUGUAUAUAAAU